CCCCUAUAAAACCUCACCCCGGCCGGGCGGAUCGUGACAGUCCCGGAACAAACGCCGAGCACACGACACGUCGCUACUGGCGCGAUCACGAUACCAAUAAGAAGCAAAAAAAAUAUUUACACGGCGACUAGAAGAGACGACAAUAUUUCCGAAAAAAAUAAAAUAACCAGAAAGCGAACCAUGAACUUGUUCACAACUUUAAACGUGGCUAUCGUGGUGACCGUGGUAGCGUGCUUAGCGUGGCCCGCCACGACUCAAGUGCAUAACAUGAACCGGUACGGCAAACAGCAGUUGGCCCAAAAACAAUAUCGAUACGGCAACCCGACAUGGGCGAACGGAAUUAACCGGGCUGGUGGUUGGGCGUCAUCGUCAUACGGAAACAUGAUGAGGCAUUAUCCGGUGUCGAUGGCCCGAUACGGAGCGAUAAUGGGCGGUGGUAGACAAACGCUAUCGCCGGACGACUAUUACGAUGGCGAAGUCAGAUCGGUCGCAUACGACCCAAGCCCUAGACGGUAUGACCGAUUGGACUACGCUGUAGUCAGGUACCCGAGUUACGGUGUUGGUUACGGUGGUUACGGUGGUUACGGUUAUUAUCCGGUAGCCAGCCUGGCAGCGCCGGGUGGUGGCAGCGGCGUUGCCGUCGACGACGAUCUGUUGUAUGACGACGACGAUGACGACCGUGACCGCGACCGCGAUGACGACGACAGUGACGAUUCGUUGUUUGGAGAUCGGACCGGACAAAUGGCCGCGGCAACAAUCAACAGGUAUGAGUCUGCUACUUCGAGAUAUCCGAUGACGGACAAGAUACACAAUUUCCGGAAGGUGUUCAUGUCAAACCUCGUGUCACCGUCCAACGCGUUCAAGUCACCCAAAGAACGGCAGCUGUAUGAUUUUUGGGAAUCCUUGAUCAACGGUGACCUGGAUGACAUGCAGCAAACCGACGACACCAUCGGGCAACAACGUCUGGACCGUCAACAGCUUCAGUCGCCACUGGACUAUGCGUCCCCCAGUUCGUUAUUGUAUCAACACCUGCCACCGAUAUUUCUCAAGCUGCAGCAACAGCAACAGCAGAAACAGAAAUUACAGAACCAACAACAUUUACUAAAACAGCACUACAAGUCAGUUGACGAACAGACACCUCCACCGCCACCAUCUCCGCCUUCAUCAUCGUACUCGGCUCUGUCGUCACCAUUGCAGACCGUACAACGUGGAAAUUUCUACAAACAGUGGGCAAACGGAUCGCCACUCAUCAAGAGGUCUUCGGUCGGUGGAGUCCAACGGGCUGUGUCACCAUUAUCGUCUCUAACAUCGUCAUCAUUAUCAUCAUCGACUUUGGACAACGACGACGUACGGCAGUUGCAAGAGCUUAAAUCUAACGACAGCGCUAUCAAUACGACAGCUACGGCGACAACAAUGACCACGUCGACCACAACAACCACUACCAUGGUCGCCGGUACGAGUACCGCGGGUGCACCAUCGCUACCCAUGGCGGACGGAGGGCAGAGAGAGUUUGUGCUGCCCAGACCGGCAGGCGAGAAAACGGAUUUAGAGAGUCUAUUGGAGGUAAUCGCCGAAGGUGGUCUUCGUGGAAACUACGGCGAUAACGGAAAUUUUCCACAAGAUGCCAAAGUGAAUAAGAAAAGAUCGUUUGUAUCCGAUGAGACGUCACUGGCAGCUCAACUUGGUGCGCUUCGAAAAAAUUAAGAUGACCUUUCUGUAUGAAGAAUAAAAUUUGUUGAUUUCGUCAAAUCGGAGUAUACUAAAAACUAUAUGAUAAUAGUAGUGUAAAUAAUAAAUUUUCUUUUUUUCAAUA